UAUAUUUUAACGUGGAUGUGGAACUUUUUGGCACGUAAUAAGCAAGUGGCUGCCAUGAUGGGGCUGCUGACAGUGGUAGCCUUGGUGGUGAUAUAUUUGACGACAAGGGGUGGUGGUGGUCACAUCGAUGUCGAGCAUUUAGAAGUCGAAGCAGAGGAUGUAAGCGGUGACGCACAUAUUUUUUCCACUCACAGCCUACCAUCAGAUGACCGUUUCAUGCCAUCUAUAGGAAACGGUCAAAUCGCUACCAACGUGUUCAGUGAUACCGUAUAUAUGAAUGGGCUGUACAAUGGCCGUAAAGGCGAGAGUCGGAGGGCAAGAAUACCUGCAUGGGGAAAUAUAAGGCUGAAGUCAACAUUGACUAACCAUCCUUAUAGCCCCGUCUACAGCUUGAAUACCAAACAUGGCGUGUUUCAAGUUACAGUGGACAGAGAUAGAUCGGUCGUCACCCAACGAAUCUAUGCACAUAGAUAUUAUACAAGAACUAUUGUUAAUCAAAUACACGUUGAACCAAAAACACAUGCAGAUCCAAAUUUUGUCCAUCACGAGAUAUGGAUAGCAAUAAGUCAGAUGCCAGGCCCUGAAAGUAAAGAUAUCGCCUUCGAAUCACCGAUUCCUGAAAUCAUUGAAGACACUAUAGUAUGGAAAGCGUGUGGGAAGACAAGGGAAUCCGAAGACCCAGUAUAUCAGCCCCUGCCAGUAGACGUGUGUGCGUACUGGACGUCAGUACCUGACCAUCUCGUGGUACCACAUUUUAGAAGCAAGGUCUUCACAUUUGUUAUGACGGUGGACAAAAAUGAAACAUUUGCGAGAAAGGAAUUCGUUAAAAUAUUGCAGGAGGACGGUGAGGAAUUGUUCGAGAAGCAUGUUCAAUAUUGGGCAAGGCUCUACCAGGAAGGCGGGAUGGAGAUCGAAGGAAAUCUGCAAUUAGCUAAAAUAGUUAAUGGCAUAUGGUACUAUUUCUUGAGUUCGUUACCCUCUGAGGAAUCUUAUUUACCUCCGGACAGAUACUAUGGUCUCAGUCCAACCGGACUCGCUAGAGGAGGAACAUUCGACGAUUAUGAAGGACACAACUUCUGGGACACAGAAAUUUGGAUGUUCCCGUCAAUACUAAUGCUGUAUCCUCGAUACGCUCGCAAGUUACUUCAAUACCGGCUCGACAAUGUGUACGUCGCAUCUGAGCUAGCUAAACUUACUGGAAAUAAAGGAUACAGGUUUCCUUGGGAGAGUGCGUACACGGGUGUCGAAGUAACGCAACCGUGCUGUCCCGAUGUAGCGGAGUUCCAGCAACACGUGACAGGUUGCAUAUCGUUCGCGGCCAGACAGUAUCUGGCCGUGACCAGGGAUGAAGACUGGUUGAAGCAUGGUGGAUGUUCUAUUGUCACUAACAUCGCGGACUUUUGGGCUUCACGAGCCGUCAUCAACUACACGACGGGACUCUAUGAUAUUGAAAAUGUGAUGGGUCCAGAUGAAGAUCACAGCAACAUCACAAACUCCGUCUUCACUAACGUCGUCGCCGGUUAUUCUCUGUAUUUAGCGCAAUACGUAUCCUGUCUCUGCAAAUCUUACUACAUGGCGAAGGCUCCAGACCACUGGGCAGACAUAGCCUGGAGUCUGGCGAUGCCGUAUGACGAGAUCCUGGACUACCACCCACAAUACCAGGGUUAUAAGCGAGGGGAGUUCAUCAAACAGGCCGAUGCUAUCCUGCUUGGGUUUCCUCUGCAGUACCCUAUGAAUAUCUCAACUCGAGCGAACGACCUGAACUACUACGAGACGGUGACGCGCGGCACCGGCCCCGCCAUGACGUGGAGCAUGCACGCUGUCGGACAGCUCGACGUCGACGAUCCUCUGAAGGCUGCUAAACUGUUCAAUAAGACCUUUAAUGGCUACGUCAGAGAACCUUUUAAGGUCUGGAGUGAGCUCCAUCGUCCGCACGUGGGCGCGGUGAACUUUCACACAGCAAUGGGCGGCUUCCUGCAGGCGCUGGUGUUUGGGUACGGCGGGCUGCGGGUCACGCUCGACCACCUCGAGUUACGACACCCGCAACUACCACCUGAGGCUACUCGCUUUAAAAUCAAAGGUUUUAAGUACCUGGGAUCAAACCUGACGCUGGAUAUCGGUAUUACGGAAACAACUUUAACAGUUUCUUCGGUAGACGACAACUGGCCUCUCAUCAUGAACAAUGGAAAAUACAACGUAACAUUGGUUCCAGGAUUAACAGUAACUCUAGCCGGUGCGGGGCCGUUCACGAUCAGAUCAGUACCUUGGAAGAACUGCAAGCUGCCGGCGGACAAGAUAGGACAGAACUAUCUACGACCCAUAGGAUUAUAGACUUGCCAUGUAUUUACCAUAUAACAAAUAGACUGCUUCUAAUUAAAUAUAUUAAUAAAUUUA